AAAAAUUAUGUUUUAAAAUUAUCUCAAUCGAUAGCAAGACGCCAUUUCUAAUAUAAUUAUUUGAAAAUGAAUUUUUAUAAUCAAGUACCUCAAAAUUUUGGCAACAGCAAUGGAAAUAGUGGUGGUCAAUCAUACAAUUAUAAUUAUCAAUCAACUAAUUUUGGGCCAUCAAAGGGUAAUACGCCAAAUAGAUAUCAACCUUACAAAAAAGUUGAAAACAGACCUAGUAAUUAUAACCAAGGUCCGGCACAACAUAAUUAUUAUGUUCCUUCACCAAUUACUGAAAAUAGAAUGGAGCAAGAAAUACAGGCAUUUUAUCAGUCUAAAGAAAUAUUUAUGAGUGGCGAAGAUAUUCCAAAGCCUAUAUUAUCAUUUCAAGAAGCACCAUUUCCAUUGCCAAUUAUGCAAACUCUGAGAGAGCAGAACUGGGAAAUGCCAACACCUAUUCAGAUGGUAUCCUGGCCCCUAGGAUUAUCAGGAAGAGAUAUGGUAGGAAUAGCUCAAACUGGUUCUGGAAAAACACUUGGAUUUAUCAUACCAGCUUUGGUUCACAUUAGCAAACAACCACAGCUUAACCGCAAUGAUGGACCUAUUUGUUUAAUACUUUGUCCAACACGGGAAUUAGCUGUUCAAGUUAAGAAUGUUGCAGAUGAAUAUGGAACACCUUUCAAAAUAAGAAAUGCCUGCAUAUAUGGAGGAGCUCCUAAACAUAUGCAACAAAGAGAACUAGAGAAAAGUCCUCACAUAAUAAUAGCCUGCCCUGGUCGUCUCAUGGAUUUCAUGGAAAACAACAAGACAAAUUUAAAACGUUGUAGCUACUUGGUUCUCGAUGAAGCGGAUAGAAUGUUGGAUAUGGGUUUUGAACCACCCAUCAGAAAGAUUAUCAAAUCCAUUAGUACUCCUAACAGACAAACUCUUAUGUUCAGUGCCACCUGGCCCAAGGAGGUUCAUUCUUUGGCAAACGAUUUUUUACAGAAUUACGUUCAAAUAAAUAUUGGGUCCAUGGAAAUUUCGGCUAAUAAGAAUAUUGUCCAGAAAUUCAUCAUUUGUCAAGACCACGAGAAAGACAAGAAACUGAGCGAGAUACUGGGAUCCGUGAUUGCAGAUGGCCAAGAACACAAAAUGCUUAUUUUUGUCGAAACUAAGGUCUCUUGUGAUACCAUGAAUAGAUCUGCCCAAAAAAUGGGCUGGCCGUCGGAUUGUAUUCAUGGGGACAAGGUUCAAAGUGAACGAGAGAGAACAUUGAGAAAUUUUAGAGACGGGAAAUGUCCAAUCCUUAUUGCCACAGAUGUCGCUGCCAGGGGUCUAGAUGUAGAUGAUGUCGAGUACAUAAUAAAUUACGACUUUCCACAUACCAUGGAAGAUUAUGUUCACCGCAUAGGUAGAACUGGUCGCCAAGACAAAUCUGGUAUAGCUUACACCCUCUUUACGCCUAAAAGUGGACGUUUUUUGGCACAGAUCAAAAAGAUUAUUACACAGUCUGGGCAGACUGUUCCCCCCUCUCUCGAGUCUUUACCGCCGGACUUUUAUUCCAACUCUGGUGGGCGUAGCCUUGGAGGUGGUGGCGGAUACAGAGGAGGACGAGGCAGUGGAGGAGGUGGUGGCGGAGGAUUUAGAGGAGGGCGAGGCAGUGGCGGAGGGGGAUAUGGUGGUGGACGAGGCGGUGGCGGAGGUGGUGGAGGAUAUAGAGGAGGGCGUGGUGGCGGAGGUGGAGGAAGAGGCGGUGGUGGCGGCGGCGGAAGAGGUGGUGGUAGCGGAUAUUAUAAUAGAGGUUCAUAAAGAUUUACAGUGCGUGCUUAAGAAAAAUAUGAAAUUUUAUUAUAAAAGAAAUCAUGAAAUUAUAUAUCAAUUAUUAUUAAUAUUUUUAUAGUUAACAGUAUUAUGUAAAAUAUAUUUUGUAUGUUGUAUUUUUAAAUAUA